GCAGCUGUUCUUCUGAGCAGUUGUGUCGAAGGUACGUUUGCUCUCAAAGCGCUCGUGUUUGUUCAAGAUUAAAACAAAGGAAUUACCCGAGUGUGUUUCUCCUGAACGUGAACCGAAAUGAGUUGUCGUCCAGUGAGAGAGGGAUGAAUGUGGAGCAGCUCAGAUCAUGUGAUGAGAAAUGUUCUUUCUGCACCUUUUCAACUAAAUUCAAAAGCAGAGAGAUUAGAUCAACGGCAUAAAGCAACACUUCAUCCAUCCAUACCUGGAAAUAUAAGACGUUCUUUCUUCUGUGACUGGAAGAACAUCGAGGUCCAAAGGAAACUGAACUCCAUUGACUUUUAUUGGAAACAAACCCUAAAGAAUCCUCAUAUUUCUGUGUUACACAGAAGAACGAAAGCCCUACAGGUUUGGUAUGAAGUAAAUAGCCUACAUUUUUGGGAGAAAUGUUACCUCGGGUGAACCUUUAGGAUUUCCUCCCCAGAUUUCCUACUGGGAUUGACUCCCAGUAUCUUGUUUAUAGGCUGUUUCGGUGUUACAUUCAACCAGACAAAAACCACAGAACAAUGUGAAUUCAGGCUUUGUUAUUUGAGUCGAAAUCUGGUCUGAAACUCUACAGGGGAUCGCCACAUCUGAGAAGCUCAAGCCUCUGUUUGCUCCUCUAAUCUUCUCGCUGCCCAGGAGAAACAAAUGUCUUUCCUGUGGGCGGGCGACCGACGGAUGCAGGAGUGUGAGAAAAAUCAAGUGAACUGAAGGGGGAAGGUGUGAUCGUGAGUUAAGAGGGAGAAAAACACGAGUGUGCGAGUGAGAGAGAGAGUGAGCGCGAGAUAAAGGGUCGAGGGUGGGAGGAUCUCCUUCAUUCAGCAGAAACUCUUCAUCAGACUCUUGAAGAGACAGGCAGAAUAAAGAGCCCAGCAGGAGGAGAAAACACACACAUCUCUCUCUCUCUCUCUCUCUCAAGUGUUUCUCGGCAAGCGUCUGGAUGGAGGGAGACGGAGAUGUGGAGCUCACACUGAGUCCCGAGACUCUCACGGAGGACGACGUGUGUGUGAUCCAGGACACGUGGAGACCCGUCUAUGAGAGCCGGGAGAACGCUGGAGUCGCUGUGCUCAUCAGGUUCUUCGGGAACUUCCCGUCGGCGAAGCAGUACUUCAGUCAGUUCCGGGACAUGCAGGAUCCCGAGGAGAUGCGGCAGAGCGUCCAGCUGAAGAAGCACGCCAUGCGGGUCAUGACCACCCUCAACUCGCUGGUGGAAAACCUGCGCGACGCAGACAAACUCAACACCAUUUUCAGACAGAUGGGCAAAUCACACGCGCUCAGACACAAGGUGGAUCCCGUCUACUUCAAAAUUCUGGCCGGAGUGAUCCUGGAGGUGCUGGUGGAAGCUUUCCCACAAUGCUUCAGUCCCGCCUCGGUGCAGGGGGCAUGGUCUAAGCUCAUGGGCGUCCUGUACUGGCAGAUGAACAAAGUCUAUGCUGAAGUCGGCUGGGAACCCAUCAAAACCUCUCCAAAGUGAAGGAGAGAAUUCAUGCAGAAUAUGAAUAUGAAUAUAUGAAUCGCACCAAAGAUUACUGCAGAUUUGACACGUAAAUUUGAUUUGUUUCUAUAUACAAAAUCCUGGAAGAAAAAGAGGACGAGUAGAAUAUAAACAGCUGUAAACCAUUUUAAUCAGUGUCAUGAAUAGUGGCCGUUGUAAUCGUAUGACACGGGACAAUCCUAACAAACACUUCUUUAUUAGGGAUGCGCGAUAUGUAUCGGUCAUCAUAUCGGUAUCGGCCGAUACAUGUUAAUUUUGAAUGUUAUCGGUAUCGGCUUAUAUAUGUUAAUUUUUAAUGUUAGCGGUAUCGGCUAAUAUAUGUUAAUUUUUAAUGUUAUCGUAUCGGCCAAUAUAUGUUCCUUUUUAAUGUUAUCG